GUCACUUUUUCAAAAUUAAUGUGGAAAAUUGAAGUUGUUGCUGAAAAACCAGCGUUCUUUUCACUCUAAAAUGACCAGAGCUACUCGCUAAAGCGAUUACAGCAUUUAAUUGAUUCUGGUGCAUUUAGAUAGUGCGAAAAACAAUGACUAGCACAGGCCGUUUUACAUCGCCCACGCCUUCGGCGGGGAUAAUCACUCCCAGCACCAGCGGCACAGCAGCUGCGACCCCCAUGGGACCGAUCCCAAGUGCGGCGAACAAAUGGAAACGGAUGCUGGAGUGCGAUGAAUUUGUUGGCGCUCGACGGUCCAAGCAUACCGUGGUCGCGUACAAGGACGCAAUUUACGUAUUCGGUGGUGACAAUGGCAAGAUAAUGCUUAACGAUUUGAUUCGUUUCGGCGUAAAGGAUAAGUCCUGGGGUAGGGCAUUUUCGACGGGAACGCCACCGGCGCCACGCUAUCAUCAUUCGGCCGUAGUUCACGGCACUUCGAUGUUCGUGUUCGGUGGCUAUACGGGGGACAUUCAUUCGAACUCUAAUUUGACCAACAAGAACGACCUGUUUGAGUACAACUUUCAGAACGGUCAGUGGACCGAGUGGAAAUUUGUCGGCAGAACGCCGGUACCUCGCAGUGCUCAUGGCGCUGCAGUUUACGAGAACAAGCUGUGGAUCUACGCUGGUUACGAUGGUAAUGCUCGGCUGAACGAUAUGUGGACAAUUCGAUUGACGGGCGAAACUCACCAAUGGGAGGAAGUUCAACAGAAGGGCGAUCGUCCUCCAACUUGUUGCAAUUUUCCGGUUGCCGUUGCUCGUGGUUGUAUGUACGUGUUUUCUGGCCAAAGUGGACUGCAAAUCACUAACACGCUGUUCCAGUUUAAUUUCAAAGAUAAAACUUGGCGCCGUAUUUCUAAUGAGCACAUUCUACGCGGAGCACCGCCCCCACCGGCUCGGCGAUAUGGCCACACAAUGGUUCACCAUGAUCGAUUUUUGUACGUAUUCGGAGGUGCGGCCGAUUCUACCCUGCCCAACGAUCUGCACUGCUAUGAUCUGGACUCGCAGGUUUGGUCAACGGUAAUUCCCGCAACGGAAUCGCAGGUUCCAAGUGGGCGACUUUUCCACGCGGCCGCCGUCAUUGGCGAUGCCAUGUAUAUUUUUGGUGGAACCAUUGACAAUAACGUUCGCAGUGGAGACAUGUAUCGCUUCCAGUUCUCCAGCUAUCCGAAGUGUACUCUGCAGGAUGAUUUCGGAAAGUUUCUCCAGAAUCGGCAGUUUUGCGAUGUGCAAUUUGUGGUUGGCAGUGAUGAGGUAAAGGUGCCAGCCCAUAUUGCUAUGAUUGUCGCAAGGUCACAGUUUUUGAGGUCGAAAAUCUUAGCGGCUCGCGAUGCGCGAAAUCUUCAUUUUGAGAAACUUUUUGGAACAACAGAGGUUCCAUUUGCUGAACGACCGAUUCUGGAAGUUCAGUUGCCAAACGCACAACCGGAAGCUUUCGAGAUGGUUCUCAAUUAUAUUUACACUGAUCGUAUUGACUUCAAAGACCCGUUUUGUAAUAAAAUUGUUCUGCUAAUGAUGGACGUCUAUCAGUUAGCCGUCCAGUUCUACAUUCCCCGCCUGGAGCAACUAUGCGUGCAGUACCUGGAGUUCAAAAUUUCGAAAACUAAUGUUUUGGAUGCGCUAUAUAAUGCGGAUCGAAUGACUUUAACUUUGAUCAAAGAUCACUGCCUCGGAUUUAUUACAAAGGAGGAUCACUUCUACGAUAUUGUAAUGUCACCGGAAUUCGCUGCUUUGGAGAAACCACUGAUUGUGGAAAUUAUACGUAAACGGUUGAAUCCCAGUAAACAUUCAACCGAUAUGAAGUAUGACAAAACAAUCGGUACUUCGUUGGAGAACGAUAUGGCUGUUUUUCUAAAAUCCGGUGGAAAAGAAUUCUGCGAUAUUAAUCUGGUGUUGGAAGGAAAGGUUAUUCCUGCUCAUAAAUCAAUUUUAGCAGCUCGCUGUACGUACUUUCAAGCCAUGUUUCGGUCCUUCAUGCCAGCCGACAACACUGUUAACAUUCAAAUCGGUGAUAUUUCACCAUCCCAGGAGGCAUUUAGUUCGCUUCUGCGAUACAUCUAUUACGGUGACACGAAGAUGCCCCCGGAAGACUCGCUGUAUCUUUUUCAGGCCCCCUGUUUUUACGGGUUCACCAACAACCGGUUACAGGCGUUCUGCAAGCAUAACCUCGAAAACAACAUCACCUACGACAACGUACUGCAAAUUCUGGAGGCGUCAGACAAGAUGAACGUCCCGGACAUCAAAAACUACGCGCUCCGCAUGGUGGUGCACAACUUUUCCCAGGUCGCCCGACUGCCGAAGAUGCAGGAGUUGACUCGGGAGCUACUGCUCGAUGUCAUCAUGGCUGUAGCGGAAGCGAAGGGCGACGGCAGCAAACGGAUCAGUCACGAUUCCACCUUCAUCAGUCUGUACAGUGACAUCUGAAGGAUAGCAUUUCUGCAGCCGGUGCUGAGCAUUCUACUGGCGUGGUUGAAAAACAAUGCUGACGCGUUCCCGUAGGAUGUCUUCUCAAUGUAGUACGUAGAUGUGAUAUACGUUCUGUAGUAGUGUUAAAUCAAAAUUGAUGUUAUUUAUGGUCACAAAAUGCUUCAGUAGUUACUAGAAAUCGAAAACAUAAUAAUGUUGGAAACUAAAAGAUAUUUAUUUCAUUCCCAUGGAUAGGAAAAAUAAUAGAUUGCUGGAUAAUCAGAACUAUCAGUGUUGCAUGCCUUUGUAAACUUUAUCCGAUACAUAUUUUAUUCUACAUAAUAAAAUUCAUAU